AUGACAAUCAAUAUAGAAAAUAAUAUUAAUUCGUCGUUUAUCACAACAUUGAAUGAAAAUAAUGAAAAUUUAAUUGAAAUAAAUCAAAAUGGAUCAUUCAAAUCUGGUCGACAAUCAAGAUCAUGUCAAUCAAAUCGAAAUUCAUCACUACAUAGCUUAACAUCUCGUAAAGAAGAACAGUUAUGUCAUUCUGAAAAUCAAUUAAUUCUACCUAGUUCCAUUGGGAUGCCUCAUAUAAAUGAAAUUAUGCUGACAGGAAAUAAUGAUACUUUACAAUCAUCAGUCAAAUCGGAUUUGCGUCGAUUGAGAUUUCCGUCAAUUGAUCGAAUUCAAUAUCAAUAUUCAAGCACUAAACGACCUUCCAGAAUUUCAACAUCUACAUUUUCAAGUAAUAGAAGUACAAUAAGCAGUAAUACUCGUUUUGAUAUUGAUGAGAUUAUUUUUACACUUCGUGAAAAAGCUACCCAUAAUUAUCAUGAAUUACGUCGUAACUUCAUUAUAAACGAUCCAAUGGGUGUAGGAAAUUUACGAAGAGAAGCACUUGCUCGAGUAUUGACACGUUUAUUAUUUUGGCCAGUUAAACAAAAUCAUAUUAUUCAAUUACUUAAUCAACUUGGUUUCCCUAAAGACAAACAGAUAAUUAAUUUUACAGAAUUUUACGCUGCAUUGUGUCCACCAAAUAAUAAUAAUCUUACUAAUCAUAAUAGUAAUUCCUAUGAACACAAUUCAAUCUCAUUGAAUAAAACCAAUGAUUUGUCUGAUAAUAAUAACAAUAAUAAUAAAUGUUCAAACAGUGAUAGACAGUUAAUGCCUGUAGAUCAAAUAACAACAACAACACCAACACAAUUCAUUGAAGAUAAUAAUACUUUAAUGAGAAUUCAUGAAACUGACAAAUUAAUCAACACUUCAAUCAAUGACAGACUCAACAAACCCAAUUGGUCAUUCCUAACGGAAUUAGCACAAACUAAUUCAAAAAAACCUAGUUCUCUUUUAGCUCAUCAAAUUAUGAGUAUACUUAGACAACGUUUAAUAAAAGGUACACUUCAAUUGGAUAAUUUGUUCAAUUUAAAUAAUCAUGAUGGAGAGAAUCAGUUAAUUGAAAGAAAUGAAUUUUUUCAUCGACUUUCUCAACUUGGAUUAUAUUCAUCUAAUAGUGAAUUUUUAAAAUUUUGGAAAAGAUUAAAUCCAAAAAAUGAACCAAAUCUACCGAUUGGAUGUUUCUUAAAGCAUAUGAAUUUAAAGAAUAAUAGUAACAAUCGUAAUAGUCAGAACAAUAAUGAACUACAAUCGAAUGAUACACUGUUAGCUAUCACUAAUGAUGAUAUGACACUGUCAUCAUCAUUAAACAAACAAACAUUCACUUCAGUAAAUAAAAUUAUUCCCAAUUUAAUGAGAUUAUUUAAUAAGGGUUAUCGAAAUGCAUGUACAGCUAUUGAACAUUGUACAAAACAGUAUAUCAGUAAACAAGAAGAAAAUUCAACUUUAUUAAACAAUGAUUUACUGAAUAUGCCAAAUGGUUAUACUAAUGCUGAGAUAUUUUUAGAAACAUUAAAAUAUUUGAAAUUACCAAUACUCGAAAAAAUACAACUUGGACCAUUUUUUAGACGUUAUGGAUUAACAAUUACAAAUAGAGGAUUAUUACCAUGCAUGGAAUUAUUUCGACGUUUUCAAGAUCGUUCCGAAGCUGGUGUACUACAUCAAAUGUUAACAUAUGCAUUAAUUUCUAGAAAGAAAUCUUAUAGUGAACAAAAUGAAACUAUCAUCCAACUUGAACAAGAAUUAAUACGAAAAUUUCAUCUAGAUUUUUUAAAUUUACUCAAUACAUUUAGGAAUUUCGAUCUACAACGUACCGGGAUUGUUAGUCCCGAAAAUUUUCGCAUUAUUUUAUUUAAUCAUUAUGGAUACGAAUUUACUAAGGAAAAUUUCAAUGAAUUUUUAAAUUUAUUACCACUAGAUUUCAAUGGAAACGUGAAAUAUGCUGAAUUUAUGAGACAAUUUAACUUCAAGAGUGGAACAUGUGAACCAUCAUUAGAACAGGAAUUCAAUGGUCAAUGUGAAACUGAAAACUCUCACACAUCAUUAUCAACUAUUGUCCCAUCAAAUUAUUAUACCAACAAUAAUAAACAACAAUCAUUAAUUGAACCAGUUGAAUGUAAUACAACGAAUGAUACUCAAUCAUCAUCAUCAUCAUCAUCAUCAGUCAACCCUAUGAUUAAACAACAGCGUACAUUAAAAGAAUUAAAACAAAUUAUACGUGAAACAUUAAAAUCAGAUAUUCAUCAAAUUGAAAAUAAAUUUCAUGAAAUAGAUCAAUAUAAUUCCGGUCGACUAACUCAAGAACAAUUAUAUCAGUUACUCAAAGUUUCUAGUAUUCGACCGGAAAUAACACGUGGUGAAAUAAGAAAAUUAUGGCCAGAAUUUUUUGUUGAUAAAAAACAUUGUUUAUCAUUUCAUGAAUUUAUACGCCAUUUUCUUUAUCGAAAAUCAGAAGCUGCAUAUCCAAAUGCUAAAUUUGUACCUCCGCGCCUAGGUGAUUCUGAUUUGAUGCCAUGUUCAAAUAAAUUGAAUGGUGUCACUUGUUUAAUAAAAGAUUCACUGCGUGCAAAAAUAGAUUUAAUGUUUGAUCGUUUAUAUAAUGAAUUUAUUGAAAUGGAUCCUGAAGGAACUGGAUUUAUCACUGCUAAACAAUUGAAGGAUAUAUUAAUAGAAUUAUGUUUACAAGUAUCUGAAAGAGAAAUCAAUGAUUUUAUUGAAAAAUUCGAUAUACAUAAAAAUGGAAAAAUAUCAUAUCUCGCCUUAUUACAACCUUUCAUAAGAAAUCGUUUGCUUAAAUCGGAUAUAUCACAUAAUAAACCAGUUAUUGAUAAUUUAACAAACAAGAUACUUGGUGUAGGAGAAGCGGAUAAAAUCAAAAAAUCAUCUUUAUUACCAAUAUUAAAUGAAAUUCGACCAAAAAUACCAGUUUCUUGUUUGAAUUGGAAUAAAAUGUGUCGAUCAAUGCAAAAAGCCGAUAAAACAAGUUGUGGUCGUAUAGAUGCUUCAAUAUUUCGAGAUCUCUAUCAACAAGGUACUGGUGUUCGUUUAACAGAUGAACAAGUCUAUCAAUUGUUGACAACACUUGAUCCUGAUAUAUCUGGUACUUUACCCUAUAAACGUUUACUUGAAGAUACAGAACAACCCAUAUUCAAUCAUCAUGAAAGAACGCAAUCGAAUAAGUUUCAAAAAAUAGAACAGAAAUGUUCAACUAUCGACAAAUCUUGUGAAAAACAAAAAAGUACUUAG